AUGCAAGAGAAGUUCACUUGGGUUUUUGAAAAAUUUUCAUCUUUUCAAGAUGAAAAGUACCGCCACUCUCCUCCCUUCACGGCCGGCGGCUGCAAUUGGCGUCUUUCUGCUUAUCCCGGAGGAUUUAUGAAAGAUGGUUCUCAUGUUGACUGCUUGUCCGUGUAUCUUUAUUAUGCUCCUGGAUCUCCCUUACCAGGAAAGGGAAGAGAAGUGAAAUAUCGCAUCACUUUUGUCAAUGUUAACCCUCAAUAUAACAAAGUAAUAGGAGAGGAAUGCUAUAUGGAUAGCAAGAGUAUCAGCAGAUUUGUAGACUUCUUGCCCCUUGACAAACUUCGUAAUAAAUUGGAAGGAUUUUUGGUGGAUGACAGGCUCACUAUCGUCGCUGAAGUAGACGUUUCACCAGCCAUUGUCGUACCAUUGGAACCUGUGAAGAUGAUUGCAUCUCUGAAUAGCAAAGAAGCUUCUGUCAAAGGGGACUCUCCUUGUCGUCAUCAAGUAGCGCAAGAAACUGAGAAUGCUGCAUCUCAAGAGAAGUUAAAUAAUGAUGAUGGUACGGAUGAUGAUUAUGAUGUUGUCGCAUCCGAAGAGAGUUCAGAUGAUGAUGAUGAUGACGUCUUUGAAGAGGGUUUGGAUGAUGAUAAUGAUGAUGCAUCCCAAGAGAAUGCAGAUGAUGGUAGGGGGGUUAACACUGUGGCAGGAGGAGAAAAGGAAACAAUGGAUGUCAAUGGGUUUGAGGUUUAUUCUUCCCAGGUAGAAUCCGUAAGCCAUAUCUUCAAAAGACACCCAGACUUAGCUAUAGACUUCCGUCCAAAGAACCAACAUAUCAGAAGAGCUUACAUGGAUUCACUCCUUAGCCUCAUCAAGAUGCUGUGCCAGUCACCAGAGAAGCUUUCAGAGGAUGAUCUGAGCAAUGCUGAUGACACACUUGUUGAUUUGAUUGAUGCUGGCUUUAAGAUGGACUGGCUGAAGACAAAGCUAGAUGAGGUCUCUCAGAAGAAAAAGAUGGAGCAGGGUAGUGGGGCCCGGAUACAAACAAUGGAGGAACAGUUGCAGAAGCUGAAAGAGAUGUUCUUGGAUCUUGAAUCUCAGCUGCACAAGGAAAAGGUGGAGGCUUUGGCUGCGAGAGCUCCUCUCUCGUUCAACGAUGUUGUUUGCUGA